CGGCGUGGGGUGGAGCGCUCGCCGCGGCCGCGGAAAGGGGCGCCCAGCGGAACUACUGCUCCCAGACCUGCCCGGGCCCCGCAUCUCUGCGCCGCGGAGGUCUCAGGCGCCGAGCACUACAACUCCCGGCAUGCCGUGAACCUGACGGCCCUGGCUGUGCGGCGGCAUCCAGCCCGCCCUCCCGCCUGGCGCUCCCGCCGGCUCCCCGGCGCUGCACUGGCCGCGCGCGGAGCUGGGACGCGAGCCAUGGAGGACACGCAGCCCCCGCAGCAGGGUAGCAGCAAGCCGCACCUGGAGAAGCUGACCCUCGGGAUCACCCACAUCCUCGAAUCUUCCCCAGGUGUGACAGAGGUGACCAUAGAAGAAAAAGCACCUGCUGAACGUCAUAUGAUUUCUUCAUGGGAACAAAAAAAUAACUGUGUGCUUCCUGAGGAUGUGAAGAACUUUUACCUGAUGACGAAUGGCUUUCACAUGACAUGGAGUGUAAAGCUAGAUGAGCAUAUCAUCCCAUUGGGCAGCAUGGCAAUUAACAGCAUCUCAAAGCUGACACAACUCAACCAGUCUUCUAUGUACUCACUUCCUAAUGCACCAACUCUGGCAGAUCUGGAGGAUGACACACAAGAAGCCAGUGAGAACCAACCAGAGAAGCCUCAUUUUGAUUCUCGCAGCGUGAUAUUUGAGCUGGAUCCUUGCAAUGGAAAUGGGAAGGUUUGCCUUGUCUACAAAAGAGGAAAACCAGCAUUACCACAGGACACUGAGAUCUGGUUCCUGGACAGAGCAUUAUACUGGCAUUUUCUGACAGACACCUUCACGGCCUACUAUCGCCUGCUGCUCACUCACCUGGGGCUGCCCCAGUGGCAGUACGCCUUCACCAGCUAUGGCAUUAGUCCACAGGCCAAGCAAUGGUUCAACAUGUAUAAACCCAUCACCUACAACGCCAGCCUUCUCACUGAAGAGACCGACUCCUUUGUCAACAAGCUGGAUCCCAGCAAAGUAUUCAAGAGCAAGAACAAGAUCUUAAUUCCAAAAAAGAAAGGGCCUGUUCCGCCUGUUGGUGGCCAGAAAGGGCCUUCAGCACCUCCUUCCACCACUAAAUCAUGCCCUGGUGCUGGAAACCCUGUAAGGAAAUGAGUGACCCACCCACCUUCCCAGCACCAUGGUAAUGAUUUCCAUGCACUAUGCCCCAGGGGUGGUCUCAGAGCCUGUGUGAGGACCAUAGGCCUCUACUCAUAGGAACAAAAAUCCCACACUUUUAUCCCUACUGGCAUUAGCCAGGAGUUGAAAAGUUUGGGUCUCCCUGAUAACCCUAGCAGCAGGUUGUGCCACCCCUUGCCUCCAAAAGCUGUGCAGGAUUUCAGAUGCUAUUUGAAUGUCUGAAUCUGUUUUGUUUUUUUUUUAGCCCCCUUGCCUUCUACCCCUCAGCAGUGAUUUAGAAAAGCCCCACAAAGAAACAACUGAGGCAUUAGAAUUGCACUCACUGUUCAUUUAGUAGCCACAUGUGGCUAUUUAAAUUUAUAUUUAAAAUUCAGUUCCUCAAAUGCGUUAGCCACAUUUCAAGCUUUAAUGUGUCUAGUGGACUCUGUUAGAGACUAUAGAACGCUUCCAUAAUUACACAAGAUUAUAUUGGACACUAUAUUUGAAUCUUUUCAUAUUGCUUUCCCUCAGAUCAGUUAAUUUUUGUUAAGAGAAUGUUGAUACCUGUGGUGGGUUAAAAUGUUCCAUGAAAAUUCUUGAUAUGAUUGCAUGUUCUUUAUAUCUUUUAACACAACUCUCACUGGUGAUUUCUUAUCACUUUCCUAUAAAGUUUCUUGCUUCCAAUUUUGUGUUUCGAUAUUGA